AUGCUGAUGACGUUUAUCAACGAAGUUCGCACCGGGAAGCGAGAAGGAUCGGUCGUGUCCACUCAAACAACUGGAUCACUUUCCGCCGACGAGAAGGAAGCAUGGCGCCAACUACGAAAAGAGUUGGAGAGUGUUGGCAUAAGUUCCGCUCUUUCUGCCCAACACCGCCUAUUCAUCGUCGCCACGCUGCAGAAGGCUUUCAGUGAAGAGGAUCUUGCAGGAGAUAUCCCCUGCAUUUAUGAUUCCUCCGCGUCUUCAGAAUUAGGUCAAGAAGGCUUUGAAGCAUCGUCCACACCAGGAGUCAGAUCAUCAGCAGAGCCUAAUGCUAAACACAGCGACGAGCCACUGCAGCAGCCAAUCCAAGACCGAAUAUCCUCUAACAAAGUGCCCGAUAUAGAUAGUCCGAGGCGUAGCAAGGACGUAGGCCGCAUAGCGAGACUAAUAUUUAGGAUUACCAACAGCAGAACAGCCAUCCUCGAGGCGGCCAAAAGCGGUGACGCUGUCUUAGUUAAGCGGCUGCUGAAUAAGGGGGCGGCCGUGGACUCGAAGGAAAACUUCGGGCGGACACCAUUAUCGUGGGCAGCAGAGCAAGGGUACGAGUUAGUGGUUAAGCUGCUGCUUGAUAAGGGGGCAGCUGUAGACCCAAAGGAUCAUGGUGAGAGCCCGCUAUUGCGGGCGGCACGGAACGGGCACAAGGUAGUGGUCAAGCUGCUGCUCGAUAAGGGGGCGGCCGUGGACUCGAAGGAUUGCUACGGUUGGACGCCGCUGCAUAGUGCGGCAUAUAAUGGGCACGAGAAAAUGGCUAAGCUACUGCUAGACAAGGGGGCGGCCGUGGACUCGAAGGAUAAACUCGGUCGGACGCCGCUGUAUAGGGCGGCAUAUACUGGGCACGAGGAAGUGGUCAUGCUGCUGCUUGAUAGGGGGGCGGCCGUGGACUCAAAAGAUAAAGAGAGAAGGGCGCCGUUAUGGUACGCGGCACAGCACGGGAGUGUAGAAGUGGUUAAGCUGCUGCUCGAUAGGGGGGCAGACAUAGACUCAAUUGAUCGGAACGGUUGGACGCCGCUAUCGGUGGCAGUAUCGUGCCGCCACAAGGCAGUGAUCCAGCUGCUGCGCGACAAGGAGGCGGCUAACAGUUCACGGCUCAGGGCAGAGGGCCCGCUCUGA